UUCGCCUGGGCGUUCUCCCGGCUAGAGCUCCCGCUCCCCCUCCACUCGACCCUCUCGGGCCUCGGCUACUCGGGCUGCGACGGAAGAUGGCGGCUCCGGCGGGUCACCCGGCUCGGGAGGCUCGGUCCGAAUCCUCUGAGGAGGCGCUGGCCGCUGCCUUAGCGGACGUGCCCGAACUAGCCCGACUUCUAGAAAUAGACCCGUACCUGAAGCCCUUCGCUCCGGACUUCCAGCGCAGGUAUAAGCUGUUUAGCAAGACUUUGAACAACAUUGGAGAGAACGAAGGUGGUAUUGAUAAGUUUUCCAGAGGUUAUGAAUCAUUUGGCGUCCACAGAUGUGCUGAUGGUGGUUUAUACUGCAAAGAAUGGGCCCCAGGAGCAGAGGGAGUUUUUCUUACUGGAGACUUCAAUGAUUGGAAUCCAUUUGCAUACCCAUAUAAAAAACUGGAUUUUGGAAAAUGGGAGCUGUAUAUCCCACCAAAGCAGAAUAGAUCGGUCCUAGUACCUCAUGGAUCCAAAUUAAAGGUUGUUAUUAGGAGUAAAAGUGGAGAGAUCUUGUAUCGUAUUUCACCGUGGGCAAAGUACGUGACUCGUGACAGUGAUAAUGUGAAUUAUGAUUGGAUACACUGGGAUCCAGAACACCCAUAUAAAUUUAAGCAUUCCAAACCAAAGAAGCCAAGAGGUCUACGAAUUUAUGAAUCUCAUGUGGGAAUUUCUUCCUAUGAAGGAAAAAUAGCUUCUUAUAAACAUUUUACAUGCAAUAUACUACCAAGAAUCAAAGACCUUGGAUACAAUUGCAUUCAGAUGAUGGCGAUCAUGGAACAUGCUUACUAUGCCAGUUUUGGUUACCAAAUCACAAGCUUCUUUGCAGCUUCAAGCCGUUUUGGAACGCCUGAAGAGCUGAAAGAACUGGUUGACACAGCUCACUCAAUGGGUAUUACAGUCCUCUUAGAUGUGGUACACAGCCAUGCCUCAAAAAAUUCAGAAGAUGGAUUGAAUAUGUUUGAUGGGACAGAGUCCUGUUACUUUCAUUACGGACCUAGAGGGAAUCAUAAUCUUUGGGAUAGUCGAUUGUUUGCCUACUCCAGCUGGGAAGUUUUAAGAUUUCUUCUGUCAAACAUAAGAUGGUGGUUGGAAGAAUAUGGAUUUGAUGGAUUUCGUUUUGAUGGUGUUACAUCCAUGCUGUAUCAUCACCAUGGAAUAGGUAAGAAUUUUUCCGGUGACUACCAUGAGUAUUUUGGACUAGAAGUAGAUGAAGACGCUUUGACUUAUAUCAUGUUGGCAAAUCAUUUGGUUCACACGCUGUAUCCAGAUUCUAUAACAAUAGCUGAGGAUGUAUCAGGAAUGCCCGCUCUGUGUUUUCCAAUUUCCCUGGGAGGGGCUGGCUUUGAUUAUCGAUUAGCCAUGGCAGUUCCAGAUAAAUGGAUCCAGUUACUUAAAGAAUAUAAAGAUGAAGAUUGGAAUAUGGGCAAUAUAGUGUAUACACUCACAAACAGACGCUACCUUGAAAAGUGCAUUGCUUAUGCAGAGAGCCAUGAUCAGGCACUUGUUGGGGAUAAGACGCUGGCAUUUUGGUUGAUGGAUGCUGAAAUGUAUACCAACAUGAGUGUUCUAACCCCGUUUACUCCAGUUAUUGAUCGUGGAAUACAGCUUCAUAAAAUGAUUCGACUCAUUACUCAUGCACUCGGCGGAGAAGGCUAUCUCAAUUUCAUGGGUAAUGAAUUUGGGCAUCCUGAAUGGUUAGACUUCCCAAGGAAAGGAAAUAAUGAGAGCUACCAUUAUGCAAGAAGGCAGUUUCAUUUAACUGAUGAUGACCUUCUCCGCUAUAAGUUCCUAAAUAACUUUGACAGGGAUAUGAAUAAAUUGGAAGAAAGAUGUCAUUGGCUUUCAGCUCCACAGGCUCAUGUUAGUGAACAGCAUGAAACCAAUAAGAUCAUUGCUUUUGAGAGAGCAGGCCUUCUUUUUGUUUUCAACUUUCAUCCAAGCAACAGCUACACUGAUUACCGACUUGGAACGACAGUGCCAGGAAAGUACAAAAUUGUGCUAGAUUCAGAUGCAGCGGAAUAUGGAGGACACCAGAGACUGGACCACAAUACCGAUUUCUUUUCUAAACCUUUUGAACAUAACAACUGUCCCUAUUCUCUUUUGAAUAACAUUGUGAACUGGAGGGCAGCCUUCCUUCACCACCUGAUAGCGCCUAAAAGGAGCGGCGAGGGCUAUUUCUGUCCCUAGUGUCUGAGGAGCAUUGGUUUUUGUAAAGCGUAUGGAGCCCUCUAGCGGUGACUGUUUUAAAGGAGUCUUACAUUGAUGCCAGAACUGUUGGAACUGUGUUUUAAAGUCUUACAUUGAUGCCAGAACUGUUAGAACUGUGGGAUUUGAGUCUCCUCAGAGCCAGUAGAAUUGUAAAGGUAACUGUAAUUUAGGCAAAUGUGAAACUGCAUCAUGCCUCAGUCGCUCUGACGUGAUGACAUCACUCCCAGUUUUUCUUUCAAAUGCACUGACUCUAUUGUGUUGUCUUAGGUGUACAUUCCAAACCGAGUGGCCCUCGUCCUUCAGAAUGUGGACCUGCCCAACUGAAGAGAUCUGAUUUCAGCUCCAGCAAAGAAAGAUGUGCACUUUGUUUUCCCACGCUUGUUGUCCCAGAGCUUGUAAUGUGU